CUCUCACCUCACUCAAGUCUUCUCUCACUCUCUCUCUACCCUCUCCUUUCUCGUCCUCUCUGUACCUCUCCUCCAGCAACACACUUCGAUGGCUCUUCGAGCUCUCGUGGCCAGGAAAUCCCUUGGAUUAGGGUUUCAGAGCGAAGCCAAAAUCCUCGCCGUAGGUUCUGCAGCUCAUUCUCGUGGCUUUCAGACCUUCUCGCUUCCCGACCUUCCGUACGACUAUGGCGCUCUCGAGCCUGCAAUUAGUGGCGAGAUCAUGCAGCUCCAUCACCAGAAGCACCACCAGACUUACGUCACCAACUACAACAAAGCUCUUGAGCAGCUCCACGACGCCAUCGCCAAGGGUGAUGCUGCUGCUGUUGUUAAAUUGCAGAGCGCCAUCAAGUUCAAUGGCGGAGGUCAUGUCAACCACUCGAUUUUCUGGAAGAAUCUGACACCUGUUAGUCAUGGAGGUGGUGAGCCCCCUCAUGGUUCCCUGGGCUGGGCUAUUGACACAAAUUUUGGUUCUAUGGAAGCAUUAGUGCAAAAGAUCAAUGCAGAAGGCGCUGCUUUGCAGGGUUCUGGAUGGGUGUGGUUGGCUCUAGACAAAGAGUUGAAGAAACUUGUGGUUGAAACCACUGCAAAUCAGGACCCAUUGGUUACCAAAGGACCAACUUUAGUUCCAUUGCUUGGUAUUGAUGUUUGGGAGCAUGCGUACUACUUACAGUAUAAGAAUGUGAGGCCAGAGUAUCUGAAGAACAUAUGGAAAGUAAUCAACUGGAAGUAUGCCAGCGAAGUGUACGAGAAAGAAAGCCCUUGAGGCUAUGAGCAAAUGAAGGUGGCAUUUGCAGCUGGUUGAGUUGAUGAAAUAAAAUUAUCCAUGUGAUAAAUGAGGACCACCCCCUUAUUUAAUCAUCGACAUAUCUUGUAUGAAAUUGAGAUAGUGUAAGAGUUUUUGUACUUAUUUAAUCACUGUUUGUUUCUUUUUUGUUUGUUCCACUGUUUGAUCGUUUGAUGCAAUAAGUUAUGUAUGUAAUUGGAGCUUUGUCUAUUUUGCUGCCUGAAAUAAGCUUUGUCGUCAACUUUUGCUAUGA